UCUCUCCCUAUUGGCUGCCGGCGGCUGUCACUCAAGCGCGCCCCCUUUAAAAGCGGAGUCGGCGCGGAGCGGCGCAGAGCGGCGGAUGGCGAUGAGUGCGCGCAGCCCCGAUGCAUCCCCGCGUCCUACGGAGGCACCCGGAGGGCAGCAGGAAGCCAAAGCUGCCGACCCCAAAAGGACGGAGGAGGAGGAGGAGGAGCUGAUCGACAUCGAUCUGAGCGCACCCGAAACGGAGCGGGCGGCUCUCGCCAUCCAGGGGAAAUUCCGCCGUUUCCAGAAACGCAAAAAGGAAUCGGGACCCUAAAGAAC